GUCGGGGUGUGGUGCAACCUCGUCAUCUGUUCGUCAGCUUCCUAUUUUAUGAACAGUGAGAGAUAAUUUUCCUUGGCGAAUCUAAAAUGUGGCUUUGUGAACUAUGAUAGAGAUCGGUACAAUGAAUUGGUAUUAAAGAACGGUGGAUGGAUAGUGAUGCUGCGCCGUUGUGUUGGAGAUGUCAACUUUGCAAGACCUUGGUCCGAUUACAGGGACGGAUUUGGAACCUUAGAUGGUGACUUUUGGCAAGGAUUGGAACGAUUACACAAGUUAACCCGAAACGGAAAAUGGGAUUUAAGAGUGGACAUGAAGUUUAGAGGUAAAAAUUACUACGGCCACUACAGAUCUUUUAAGAUCGACAGCGAGGCCCAGUUCUACACGCUUCACGUUGGUGUCUUAACAGGAAACGUUGGGAAUGCGCUACGUAAUCACAAUGGACGACGGUUCUACACAUACGACAAACCAACCAGCACGUACUGUUCAAAAAACUACAGUGGUGGGUGGUGGUUUAACAACUGCUUCCAUGCUUAUCUAACUGGCGAAUGGGGAUCAAAGGAAUGGUGCAGAGGAAUUUACUGGGCUAGUCUGACCAACGCAUGGCAAAGUCUCGACUUUGUUGAAAUGAAAAUAAGAAAAUCAAACUAUGCUUAAUCUUAUAAAA